GGCCAGCUGCAUUCCUGGGAUCAUUCUACUGACUUCACUGAUGCUGCAGAGAGAUAUUCAGAAGCCUUGAAUGGGAACUGUCCAAUGCAGUUCAGGAGCACUGGUGAGCAUAGGGUUUACCUCCACCCCAGAAAGAUGACUUUCUCCAGCCUGUGCUAUCCGGAAUGUGGGGUGGCCCGACCCAGUCCAGUUACUGGCAGCGCAAACGAGCCGUGCGUUAGGCAGUGCCCUGACUCUGAAGUGGUGAUCAGCCCCUCACCGGUUGUCGUGACCCUCCCUGGACCAAUUCUCAGCAAUUUCCCUCAGCAGAGCGAAGUAGCAGCCGUAGGAGCACCUGUGGUUGGAGCCGGUUUUGGAGGCUCAUUCGGUUUGGGGGGAUUGUACAGCUAUGGAGGCCAUUACGGAGGAUUGUAUGGUUUAGGGAGAUUAGGUGGUUACGGGGGCCAUUACGGUUAUGGGGGAUUAUUGGGCUAUGGGGGACACUGCGGUUACCCAGGUCUUUACGGUUACAGGGGAUUAUUGGGCCAUGGGGGAUACUGUGGUUACCCGGGCCUUUAUGGUUAUGGGGGAUUAUGUGGUUCCGGGGUAUCUUGCCAUAGGUACCUCAGUGGAAGCUUUGGGCCAUGUUAA